AUGGACAGGGUUAAGUUUAAGGUGAACGGAGUCGAGAGAACAGUUGGCUGCGAGGUGAGCUCACAUGUUACGUUACUUGAUUACCUUCGACGAUGGCUCGAGCUACGAGGGACAAAGUACAUGUGCCAGGAAGCUGGUUGCGGCGCUUGCAUCGUCAGCGUCGUUAAGAGUCAAGGAGCCCCAGUGGAAGGGGUGAACGCUUGCAUGGUAUCCGUGACGUCAUGCCACGGAUGGGACAUCACCACGAUAGAGAAAAUUGGCAACAGGUUGGAUGGAUACCACCCGCUGCAGAAGAGCCUUUACGAGAACAACGGCACUCAAUGUGGGUACUGCAGCCCGGGAUGGAUCAUGGCUAUGUACAGCCUCUUAAAGAAAAAGAAAAUGACGAUGUUGGAAAUUGAGCAGUCCUUAGGUAGCAAUAUCUGCAGAUGCACUGGCUACAGACCGAUUUUGGAUGCGUUCAAAAAAUUCGCUGCCGAUUGCCCAGAGCCGUAUCACGUCAUAGAUAUUGAAGACUUGAGCAUUUGCAAGAAGAGUGGUGAAACCUGUUCCAAAGAUUGCGAUGACUUCGAGUGGUGCAUGGUAUCUAAAGAAGACGUAAAACAACCGACUGUGCUACACAUUAGGCUCAGCGAUAAUAGAGACUGGUACAGAGUUGAAGAUGUUGUCGAUAUUUUUAGGAUUUUGAAUAUACACGGUACAGACUCUUACAUGCUUAUAGCUGGGAACACCGCUAAAGGUGUUUAUCCGAUUCUCGAAUAUCCUCGAGUUCUAAUAGAUGUGUCCGCUGUACCGUCCCUCAAGGGCUACUUCUUGCAACAGAACUUGGUGAUCGGGGCUGGAAAUACCCUUACGGAGUUACUGGAAAUCUUUGACACGAUGUGCAAGAAGGAUAAUUUUGAGUAUCUAAAUGUGUUUAUAGAGCAUCUAAAGCUAGUUGCGCAUAUCCCGUUGAAAAAUAUCGGCACAAUCGCUGGCAAUUUGAUGAUUAAAAACAAGCACAAAGAAUUCAGUUCUGAUAUUUUUUUACUUCUAAAUACGGUUGGGGCAGAACUCGCUAUAAUGAAUAGCUCAGGAGCUGUAAACAGAGUGAACAUGAACGAUUUUCUCAAAUUGGAUAUGAGGGGAAAAGUUUUAAUGAAUAUACUUUUGCCGCCACUUAAUAACAAUUAUAUUAAAAUUGUCACUUACAAGAUAAUGCCACGAUCUCAAAGCGCUCACGCAAUUGUGCACGCCGGUUUUACUUAUAAGAUCAACGAGGGCAGGGUCCUGGACUGUAGGAUAGCUUAUGGUGGUUUGUCGCCAGACUUCACCAGAGCUCUCAGAACAGAAAGGUACCUCAUCGGGCGGAACCUCUUCAACAAUGAAACCUUGCAAGGAGCUAUAGCAGUCUUAGAUCAAGAGAUGGUUGUCGACGAUAAUCCACCGGAAAAGUCAGUGCCGUAUAGACGGAAAUUGGCUCUAGGUCUAUUUUAUAAGGGUCUUUUAUCAAUAUGUCCGCCAGAGGUCGUAUCUCCUCGAUACAGAUCAGCCCCAAUUAAGCUUCGGGACGCGAGGACUUUGUCUGAUGGAAGACAAAUUUUUGAUACAAACCCCACUCUUUGGCCUCUGAAUAAACCUUCACCAAAAUUUGACGGACUGAUCCAAUGUGCGGGUGAAGCUAAUUAUUCUGAAGACGUUCCAUCCUUUCCAAAGGAGGUUUUUGCAACAUUCGUCCUUGCUUCAGUCGGUCUAGGAACUAUUCAACAGAUAGAUGCAAGCGUAGCAUUGAAUGAACCCGGUGUUAUUGCAUUCUAUAAAGCUUCUGAUAUACCGGGAACAAAUAGUUUUAUACCGGGAGGCAGCCUUUUAUUUUUAGCAAACGAAGAAAUUCUUUGUGAGAAAGAAGUAAAAUUUUAUAACCAACCACUUGGAAUCAUAGUCGCGGAAACACAACACGCAGCAGAUAAAGGUGCAGCUUUAGUUAAAGUGACAUACAGGAAUAUAAGAAAACCAGAGAUAGAUAUUAAGAAAACUAAGAAGGACCCCAAGAGGAUUUCAUUGUUCUCUACAAUUCCAGCGACUAAACGAGGGAACGAGGUUGCAAAAGUGAUAAACGGAGAAAUGACGAUAUAUUCGCAAUAUCACUUUUGCAUGGAGACGUUAGUUUGCGUUUCUCAUCCGACCGAAGAAGGAAUAAAGUUGUAUUCAACGUCGCAAUGGAUAGAUUCAGUGCACCGUGUGGUGGCGAGAGCGUUAAAAAUUCCUCAAAACAAAAUUGACGUAUUUCUUCGCCGCCUCGGCGGUGCCUACGGAAUGAAAAUAUCGAGGGGGGCGCAGGUAUCUGUUGCCUGCGCCCUCGUAACGCACAAACUUAACCGACCUUGUCGAUUUAUUCAAUCGCUCAAAAAUAACAUGAGAUACGUUGGGAAGAGGUUCCCUUGUUCAAUUAACUUUGAGUUUGCAGUUAACAGUGAAGGAGUCAUACAAUAUAACAAUUAUGAAUUAUUCGAAGACAAUGGAUACGUGGUGGAUGAACCUAUCGCCAUUUUAGGAGCCGACGUCUUUAACAACUGUUAUGACAAAUCGAGUUGGGAGUACAAACUCUACAAUGCUACGACAGACACGCCAUCAAACACUUGGUGCUCUUUAGAAGUUAUAGCAAUGGCUGAAUGGUUAAUGGAAAGGAUCUCGUAUGAGAUGAACUUGGAUCCUCUGAGUGUACGUCUCGCUAAUUUAGACAGAGAAAAUCAUAAUGACAUAAAUGAAUUGAUAAACACAUUAAAGCAAAACUCACAAUUCGAACAACGAAGGCUCGCUAUCAAGGAAUUUAAUUCUGAAAACAGGUGGAAGAAACGAGGCCUAAGACAUUCACUUUUGAGAUGGACACCCUAUGGAUCAUUAUACCUCACCAUAAAUAUUGCUGUUUAUGCUGAUGAUGGUACUAUUGUUUUAACUCAUGGUGGUGUUGAAAUGGGACAAGGAAUCAAUACAAAAGCGGCGCAGAUUUGUGCAUAUUAUCUAAAUAUACCAGUUGAAAAAGUUCAAGUAAAACCUAAUGACACCACUAUAUCACCAAACUGUUUUGUGUCAGGGGGUAGUAUAACUUCUCAAUUUGUCGGUGUUGGUAUACAAAAAUGUUGUCAAGAGUUGCUAAGAAAAUUAGAACCUAUUAGAAACAAAAUGGAAAAUCCUACUUGGGAGGCGUUAAUAAAAGCUGCUAGAGAAGCAGAAGUGGAUCUACAAACUCACUCUGUAACUGGAAUGACUGAUAUACGAAAUUAUCAUGUGUAUGGGGUGACGUGUGCUGAAGUAGAAAUCGAUGUACUGACUGGGGAAUGGAACAUAAUAAGAGUGGACCUGAUAGAGGAUGUUGGACGCAGUGUAAACCCUGAAAUUGAUAUUGGUCAGGUGGAAGGUGCCUUUGUUAUGGGCUGUGGGUACUGGACAACAGAAGAAUUGGUGUUCAACAAGAACACGGGAGAACUUUUAACGGAUCGAAGCUGGCACUAUUGGGUGCCUCAGGCGAGGGAUAUACCGCAAGACUUUAGGAUAUACUUUAGGAAGAAGUCUUUUAGUAGCGAAUAUAUUUUAGGAUCAAAAGUAACUGGUGAGCCCCCGACAUGCAUGGGAGUGGUAAUACCAAUAACAAUGAGGGAAUCUAUCGUCGAAGCCAGGAAAGAGUCGGGACUGCCCAGUAACAUUUGGUUUCCGAUAGCUGAUUUGCAAGAGUGUCGUCAACUUAAUAUAGAACCUGUAAACCAAUUCGCCCUACGAGUUGAGACUUGCCUGUCGAAACUAUUAACCGAAGUAACUUUGUCCAACAAGAAGAAAACUGAGCUUCUCGGCCGCACAGCGGCAAUGGAAGACCUAGCACUCCACACUUUCCUACUUGGUCUUAAACCUGACAUUUCAAAUUUAGUCCGUGGCAAAAACCCAUCUACUCUUAAUGAAGCUAUUAAUUUAGCUACAUCCGAAGAAAAAAUUCUCAAUCUUUUCGCCAAACGCAAUUCUCACACAUCGGUUCCUCAGCGCCAAGGUUCAAAACCUAAUUACUCUUUCAAGCCUUUUUCUAACACAAAUGCCAGGCCCCAGAUGCCGAAACAACAUGAUCGACAUGACCCAAUUCCAUUUUGUCGCGCCAUAAUCAAGAUUAUAAACCUGCUCGUGUCAACUGUGUCGUUGACGAGAACGAAUAUUGUGACCUCAAGCCACAACCAUCUACCAGUACAGAUAAUACUCAGUUUUAUAACGACGUUUAAACGAAUAGUGGGUCAACGGAGGUGUCUCGUGAGACCCAAAAAUUUACCUUUAGCUAUAACCUUAAACCAUAACGACACCGUUUCUAUAUCCAAGGACCACACGGGUAACCAGCCCCAAGCAAGUGUCCACAUUUCCAAAAUCAGGGACCACACGGGUAACCAGCCCCAAACAAGUGCCCAGACUUCUAUAUCCAAGGACCACACGGGUAACCAGCCCCAAGCAAGUGUCCACACUUCCAAAAUCAGGGACCACACGGGUAACCAGCCCCAAACAAGUGCCCAGACUUCCAAAACCAGGGACCACACGGGUAAACAGCCCCAAGCAAGAGUCCAAUAUCAUUCAAAACCCACUAAACCUGUUCAUAAAAUUCUUGAAAAUGAGGAAAUAUAUGAAAUUUCAUCCAUUCCUAAUAAAAUGUAUUUGCCAUAUGUUGUUGUGCAAACAUCAGUAGCCAAUAAACCCCUUCGGUUUCUUGUCGAUACUGGAUCUUCUAUAUGCCUCAUCCAGAAUUCCUCCAUCGAAUCCUUUUCUCACCUGCUACUUAAAGGUAACAUAAUUAAAAUUAAAGGUAUAAACAGUCGUGACGAUACCAUGGCCACUCUCGGUGAUUUUGAUAUGAAUCUCAUAUUUGGUAAAGAAUCUAUUCCCUUUACUUUCCAUAUAAUAGAACAAGUACACUUACCUUAUGAUGGUAUUAUAGGAAAUGACCUACUUACCCGUUUCCAAUGUUCCGUAGAUUACAACCGUCAAAUCCUCAACUUAGAAAAAAAUAAAAUCAAACUUAAUUUUACUGAUCCAACUUACCAAAUACCUCCUCGUUCUGAAAUCACCGUCGAGUGCUCUGUCGUUAACCCUGAAUUAAAAGAAGGUCUAAUUUUAGAUCAGCAUAUUAGUGAAACCCUUUUUAUUGCUAACUGUUUAGUUAGAGUAAAAAGUAAUAACCGAAUUAACUUAACCGUCCUUAAUACCUCUGAAACUCCUGUUAAAUUAAAUUCUAAUCUCCUACUUACCUUACAUCCAGUAGAUUUUGAACCUUGUCUAUCGAAUUAUAUUUCCAAUAAGUCUUGUUUAGAUAGGACCAAUGAGGUCCUUAAUCUCCUUCGGGUAUCACACUUAAAUACCGAAGAACGCGAAGCCCUUUACGAUCUUUGCUCUAAUUAUUCUGAUAUUUUCCACUUACCCAACGAUAUACUUACCUCAACGGAUGCCAUUCAACAUGAAAUAAGAACAUCCUCAGACCAACCCAUUAACGUCAAGUCGUAUAGAUUUCCCGAAGUACACAAAGAAGAAGAAUUCGAAUAUGAAAUAGUAUACCGCAAGGGUAGAUUAAAUUCAGCAGCCGAUGCCCUUUCUCGCUACCCUGUUAACCCUAUAUAUCCUGAAAAUUCUCCAAAUUCCCCUAAUAAUGACUUAAUUGAUCCUAGGCUCUUAGACAUUAGCCCUUUUAACGCUGAACCUUACGAUUUUAGUCCUUUAAAUAUCCCAAGUCCAGAAUACUUACCCGAACCUCUUCCCGCAAUACUUCCGUCAUCCGAAAAUGCGACGUUAGACAUUGUUCCAAACUCUAUUCCUGAAAAUAUUGAAAUCGAAAAUCAACCUCAACCUUCUACUAGUACCGAAAUACCAAAUAUAUUAUACCCGCAUCCUAUAAUAAGAGAACCUACAAUUGAACCUGCCGAUACUUACACAAGAUUUUUGAAAUUACCAUUAUCUGUAAAUCACGAUACAAUAAUUACUGAACAUAAUGACAGCAUACUAAAAACCCAAAAUAAAAUUCUAAUAAUACCUACAUCCCUUGACCUCGAUGAGUCUAUUCCAUAUGUUCAAGAAAUUCUUUCAAACUCAUCAGAUUCCGAAUCAUUUAUUGCUUCAGAAAAAACUUUACAUUCUUAUAAACUAUUUUCAUACAACAAUAAAGCCUACUAUUUUUUAUUCACCAAGGUGCAUCACUUUGAUACCUGCUCGUAUAGUGAUAUCUUUGAGUCUAUUAAAAACCUUCGGAAUUACUUAAUUUCUAAUAAAGAACCUAUCAAUAAAGUGAGCAUUACUGAUUUCAAGAACCCGUUUGACAAACAUGUUUAUAUUAAAAUCUACAAUAUAUUAUCUUACCUGUUUCACAAUACCAAUAUUCAAAUUGACAUGUACCAUAAUAAGACAUACUAUCCCAGCCCGUCUGAAGUACCAAAAAUCCUACGAGAAAAUCAUGACAUUCCUAUCGCUGGACACUUAGGGUCCAAUAGAAUGUUUAACAGAAUCCGUGAACAGUAUUAUUGGAAAAAUAUGCGGAGUGAAAUAGAAACCUAUGUAAAAAAUUGUAUUCCAUGUCAAACAAACAAAGCUCUCAGAAAAAUCAAUCGUGCACCAAUGCAAAUCACAACCACUUCCACAACUGCCUUUGAAAGAUUAUCCCUUGACAUAGUUGGUCCUCUGCCCGAAUCCGGUACAGCCAAAAUAAAAUAUAUCCUAACUCUUCAAGACGAUCUGACAAAAUACUCUGUAGCAUAUCCGAUCCGCAGCACUACCGCUGAAGAAACCAGCGAAUGUUUAAUUCAUUUCAUUUCCUUAUUUGGCAUACCAAAAACUAUCCUUACCGAUCAAGGCACGAACUUCACUGCAGAAAUGUUUAAAGAAACCUGUAAAUUUCUGAAAAUUAAACAACUUUGGUCCUCGCCUUAUCAUCCACAAACACAGGGAGCAUUAGAAAGAAGCCACUCCACCUUAAAAGAAUAUCUAAAAUCAUACAUAUGCGAAAACCAAGACAAUUGGCCGCAAUAUGUAUACACGGCCAUGUUAGCCUAUAAUACUGCAGUGCACUCGACGACCAACUACACUCCUUACGAUUCCAUGUCCUCCGCACAGGAAAUCUUCAUCGAAACAUCAAAAAAUACAUCCGGCAUUUACUUCGAUCCUAUCGGGUUACUUAAAAUAGUAGACGGUCACCUUAGUGUUGUAAUUCCCAUAGACAUUUCUUACAUAGAAUCACACAUUAAAAAUCUGAACGGUGUGAUAGGCAGCUCUAAGUUCCUGUGUAAGCAAAAUGAAUUGUACACCGAUAUCGAAUGUCUCAACCUACUACAGCCUUUAUCUAUUAGGUACCAUGAUAUUAUUCAGGACUUUGAAUCCAUAUCACAUUUAAUCGAGUCCAGACCCAAAAGGUCGGCUUGGAUCAGCGGAGUUGGUACCGUUUUCAAACAUGUAUUUGGAACUAUGGAUGAGAAUGAUGCCAUACAGUACAGUAACGCUAUUCAACUCAUUGAGAAAGAUCAAACCGAAAUAUCUAAAUUAGUUAAACAAAAUAUACUCGUUACAACUACCACACUUUCAAGCUUUAAAGACGCUCUAAACAAAAUCAAUAUCAACGAACAACAAUUAAAUAGCGCCAUUGAUACCCUAGCUAAUUCUCAACAAAAUCUCACAAUACUUUCCAAUAGUUUACUAUUAAAAUCAAAGUUUAACGAAAUUAUCACUAUACUAGAAAGCAGUUUAUUGACACUGUCAUUUAAAUUAGAAGACAUAAUUAAUGCAGUAAUGUUUAGCAAAGCCAACAUUUUAUACCCGUCAGUAAUAACUCCAAAACAGCUAUUUUUAGAGUUGGUCCAAAACCAUCGAUUUCUAGCUGAUUAUCACCAAUUUCCUUUGAGCCUCUCUUUGGAAAAUAUUUACACACUCAUGAAUGUUUCUGAAAUAGCUACAUAUUAUAGUGAUAAUAAAAUAAUAUUUAUAUUGAAGAUACCACUUGUAAAUACAAAAACCUAUUCCAUAUACCAUAACAUUCCAUAUCCUGUUGUUGUGGCUAACAACACGUAUACAUCUAUAAUACCAUCUACUAAGUAUAUUGCUAUUACUAGAGAUAGGUCAUACUAUUUAUUUCUUUGUAAAUUUGUAAGAUCUGGCAACUGUCAUCGCUAUCUCAAUAAAGGUAGAGUUAAACACGAAAUUGAAAACCCUGAAGAACUGUCAGGAGUUGCUGUCGGUUCCUCUAUACCUGUACCCAGACUCCGUUCAUCUCCUAUAUAA